AUGCGACUAUUCCACCCUUCAGCUUUCGUCCUCGUCAUCCUAUCAUCCCUCGUCAAUGCCAGCGUCACAGUGUACCACCAAAUCCCAUUGGCAGCUUCAACCACCACUGCAGCUUCCGCAAAUUAUACCGGCGCUGCAGCUUAUGAUCCCACUGUACUAAAUCCUCCCCCUGUUCCAGCAGGCCUCACAACACAAUUCGGAAUUCAGCUUUCCAGUUCUUCGCCAUCUGGUCUCAGUAUACCCCAGAAAGGUUCAUUCAUGGGUUUCUCUAUCGAAUUCAGUGUCAUCAACCAGAUUUUCGGUGUUAACGCCACGUAUCUGCAGGUUCCCUUUUUAAACCUCAUGGCCAUCCUUCGCGAACGGGCAGGCGAGAUACUCAUUCGGGUGGGAGGUAAUACUCAAGAGACUGCAGUCCUCGUGGAUAGUCUCCCUGGAGGCGUAAUGGUGUCCAAAGUCCGUGGUAUUACGGGUGAUGUGACUUCCACCCCAAUGCUUCUUUACACGGCAGAAGUGUUUUACACAAUGGCAAACAUCUCGGCCCUUGUAAAUACGAAAUGGUUUCUUGGCAUACCGUUCAAUGACACGAGCAACCUCCGACUUGGUAUUGCAGAAGUCGGCGAAGCUGUGUUGAGUGGCCCUGGUUAUUUGCUCGGGUUUCAAGUUGGAAACGAGCCCGAUCUCUAUGCAGCACACGAUGCACGACCUUCCACAUACUCGCCCUCUGACUACUUCGGCGAGUUUGGAACAGUAGUUAGCGCCAUCAACAAUGAUGGCAAUAUCCCUGUUAAAAAUAACUUGAUUGUCCCAUCUAUCACAGGGCAAUGGACUCCAGAAUCUGUGUGGAACACCGGACUCGUCGAAACCUAUUCUUCAAGCUUGGGAGCGCUAGCAGUUGAACAUUACCCAACCGAUAACUGCUACGCUUUGUACGGCAUCGGUUCUCCGGUCAACCCACAAGACGUGUUUCAAAACUUCCUCACUCAUAACUCUAGCAUCUCCAUCGUCGCCCCCUAUCUCAACUCUACCAGCUAUGCACAAGCCACUGGAAAGCCCUUCAUUAUGAUGGAGACAAACACGGCAUCCUGUGGUGGCUUACCAGGAAUUAGUGAUACCUUUGGCGCGACUCUAUGGGCGCUUGAUUAUGGCCUUCAGAUGGCUUAUAGCAACUUCUCAAACGCAAUGUUGCACGUUGGUGGACAAGAUGUAUACUACAACCCUUUCACUCCACCUCCUACGAACCAGUCAUCAUAUCACGAAUGGACGAUUGGCUCUGUAUUCUACAGCACAAUUGCUAUCGCUGAAGCGUUCGGACCCUCUGGCAACGCACAAAUUAUUGAUUUGCAGGCUAACACUGACAGUAUGCUUACCCCUGCAUACGCAAUCUACGAGAAUGGUACUCCCGUGCGCAUGGUAUUACUUAAUUACGUAUCGGAUCCGAGCGGUGCAAGCGAUUAUACUGCAACGAUUUCCAUUGGCGGCUCGGCGAUUGGGCAAGGCAACGCUACCCCUGCACAAAUACAAGUCAAAUAUCUAGUAGCACCUUCCGUAUCGGAGAAAAGCAACAUUACGUGGGCAGGCCAGACCUUUGGCGGGACCUUCCAGUCUGAUGGCCGCCUAAUGGGCUCCGAGAGCGUGCAGACGAUUAACUGCGACCAGUCGUCCAAUACAUGUCGAGUGUCUAUCCCCGCCCCUGGCGCCGCACUCGUCUUCCUCUCCUCCUCUGCAUACGCAGAGUCAGGGAACCCUUCCACCCAGACAUUCUCUACCACGAUGGUCACGAAGACAAUGAACACAGCGACGAUAAACCCGAGUGUGCUGGCAACCUCGAAUGGGAUAUCUGGAGAUACAUGGGAGCUUGGGAGUACGAGCAAGGAGAACGCUGGUACUGGUCUGAGGAAUUCACUUUCGAUCGUUUCUGUGGUCGGUGCAGCUGUGCUGAGCACCGGCAUGCUAUGCACGUGGUUCUGGUCAUGA